GGGUUCCCGGCCAUCCCUCUCUGCCCCCUCCCCGCUCCGGGUGAGGGGUUCGUCGGGGGUCUGUGGCGGCCCUGCCCCGGCGGGGAGGAUUGAGGGGGCCGCCCCGCGGCGGAGAGGCAGGGCUGGGGCCGUCCCCUUCCCUCCAUGCCUGGGGCGGGAAGGAGGAGCCGCCGGCGCCGCGGGGUGGUGGCUGCUCCACUCCCCGCCGGGAGAGGUGAAGCGCCAGCGGCAUUGCUCACCCUGCAGCCCCGGCGGCCGGCGGUUGGCGCGGGCGCCGGCCGGGGCUGAGGGAGCUCCCGCCCGCUCUGCCCCUAUGCGGUGCAGGCAGAGGUCUCUUCUCUCGCCGCCGUGUUUGUCGUCUCUGUGGGCAGGUUGGCUGCUGCCGGGAGACCGCCAUGGGGCGGCCGCGUCGGGGCUGCUGAGGAGGCGUUGGGGAAGCAGCCCGGCGGCCCCAUGGAGGAGCGGGAAGGUGAGAUGCGCUGGGACGGGCUGUGCAGCCGCGACGCUGCCACCCGUGCCGCCGCCUUGGACACCAUCGGGCAAGCCGUUCUCCGCCGUAGCGAGACCAUCGCUCCUGUGGCGACAGUGCCGCCUACCCGGGCCGCCGACGGGCUUCUGGCUCCCGCCGCCCGCGACGGACUGAGCGAGGUGCUGGCCCGCCUGCUCAUGCUCUCCAAGCGCUGCCCCUUCCCCGACGUGAGGGAGAAGAGCGAGGUGAUCCUCAGCGGGGUGCAGGAACUUGGAAUAAGAAUUCCUAGACCACUGGGACACGGACCAAGCAGAUUCAUCCCGGAGAAGGAGACGAUCCAGGUGGGAAACGAAGACGCCACGAUGCACGCACUGUUUGCGGAUUCAUUUGCCGCGCUGGGCCGGUUGGACAACGUUACCUUGGUGAUGGUUUUCCACCCCCAGUAUCUUGAGAGCUUUCUAAAAACUCAGCACUAUCUGCUGCAAAUGGAUGGCCCGCUCCCGCUUCAUUACCGACACUACAUCGGGAUAAUGGCUGCAGCACGACACCAGUGCUCUUACCUUGUUAAUCUCCAUGUGAAUGACUUCCUUCAUGUCGGUGGAGACCCGAAAUGGUUGAAUGGUCUAGAAAAUGCUCCUCAAAAACUGCAAAAUUUAGGAGAAUUGAACAAAAUGUUGGCUCACCGACCCUGGCUUAUCACCAAGGAGCAUAUUGAGCAACUUCUGAAGACCGAAGAGAACAGCUGGUCCCUGGCAGAGCUCAUCCAUGCAGUUGUUCUCCUCACACAUUACCACUCCCUUGCUUCUUUCACGUUUGGUUGUGGAAUCAGCCCAGAGAUUGACUGUGAAGGGGGUCACACCUUCAGGCCCCCUUCUGUCAGUAACUACUGCAUGUGUGAUAUUACAAAUGGUUACCACGGGGUGGAUGAAAUUCAUGCCAGCCCAAUUGGAAGUAUUCCAUCUACAGAGUCUGUCUGUGAAGUUGAAGCUCUAAUGGAGAAAAUGAAGCAGCUACAGGAGUGUAGAGAUGAAGAGGAAGCCAGCCAGGAAGAGAUGGCUACACGUUUUGAAAGGGAGAAGAGAGAGAGCAUGUUCGUCUGUUCUUCAGAAGAUGAAGAAUCAGCACCUGCAAGAGAUGUGUCUCGCCACUUUGAGGACACCAGCUAUGGUUACAAAGACUUCUCCAGACAUGGGAUGCAUGUGCCCACCUUUCGUGUUCAGGAUUAUUCCUGGGAAGACCACGGCUAUUCCUUGGUUAAUCGUCUUUACCCAGAUGUGGGACAACUACUCGAUGAGAAGUUUCACAUUGCUUAUAAUCUGACUUACAACACCAUGGCCAUGCACAAAGAUGUGGAUACCUCAAUGCUACGACGAGCUAUUUGGAACUAUAUUCAUUGUAUGUUUGGAAUAAGAUACGAUGAUUAUGACUACGGUGAAAUUAAUCAGUUGUUGGACCGCAGCUUUAAAGUUUAUAUCAAGACUGUGGUUUGCACUCCUGAAAAGACCACAAAAAGAAUGUAUGAUAGCUUCUGGAGGCAGUUUGAACACUCUGAGAAGGGGCAAACGACCUUAUCACCUCCUCCUUUGUUAACAACCCCCUCUGCUCCACAGGUCCAUGUAAAUUUGCUUCUGGUAGAAGCUCGGAUGCAAGCCGAACUACUUUAUGCUCUGAGAGCUAUUACUCGCUAUAUGACCUGAUAUCUCCGGCUGCCUGUUGAUGUUGGAAUGUUCUGCAGUUGCAGCGUGGCGGAGGAAGAUACGAAGCCUCAGGACCAAUGGUAGCUCUAAGUUAUGAUGCCCAUUGUGCCAUAACUCCUUUAGUUUCAGCUAUUUCCAUGUUUGGAAUAUCACUGCUGCUGCUCAGCAGUGGAACGCUUGGCAGUUGAAAAAACAGGGGUGUGUGGCAGUGCUGCCUGCUCCUGGUAUUUUGGCUUUAGACAGCACGGGACUCCCUGUGAACUUGUGGCAAUAUAGCAAACGAUAGAUGCAUAGAUCUUGUGUUAAGGCAAAUCCUAUGGGAGCUGGACCGUGAACAAAGUGGGACUUGAUGACAUUUGCUUUCCCUAUGAGAAUAAUUUUAGAAAAAUCUUGAUGCUGCUAUUUGUGCUGGUGAAGUGAACAGCCCUGGGCUGUUCCAGUUAAGCUACAAGUGAAAGUGAGCACUGCUAUUGUCUGAGCCUUCCUUGUGUGUGGUUUCAAAAAGCCUUGUUAUUUAGAGUUCUUCUUUAAUCAGAACGAAACCUCUUCUGUCCACACUGAUCAUCUGAAAGAUAGCAGUCAGUUUUCUCAAAUAGUUUAGCCUUAAAAUGCUAAGGGACAGCUGCCCAGCAUAGUGUGGUGAGCUCCAAAGUGCAAUGGGCUUCCUGUGGGAAGCAGGGGACUUGUGUCCUCAGAGCUCUCUCGAGAUGGAACUGCGCAAAGUGUCGAGUGGCUCCUCAUCCUGUUUGUCAAGGAUGAACCAAGGAGGAGCUAGGACAGGUGUGGGAAUGUGUUCUAGGCUGCCAAACAGUCCUACUGUAUUACGUGCCCAAUGCUGGUCUUACUGAUUUUUGCAGUUGCUUAAAUAACUAGGCUAAACCCAUCUAUUUUUAGCAAAUCAAAACAUGAUUACAAUGCUGACGUUUAAUACACCGUGGGUUUGGAGAACACAUGAAUACUUUUGUAUGAGUGUGAAUUGCUUUUUAAAUUUGUCAGUAUUACUGGUAUUUUUUAAAUAAAGGUAACAACUUUUUC